CCGAAGGUCGACCGUCGAYAGCGGACAGAACAUAUUACUACAACACAUACACUAUACUAAGUUGCAAGAUAUUGUGCAAAUAUUGUACAUGUACAAUAAUUUUAUGUUUUGUCGUUAAUGGCAUUCAGUCGUGCAUGGUACCACAUCAAACGUAAUUUUGUAUCCGUAACAUUUCCGAUUAUUUCGUUUUCUGCAAUCUACGCUGAUUACAAUCGGACAUUAAAUUGGAAAAAAAUACAAAACCAAAAAGUUUAAAAAAUAUCGCAAAAUGGCUGGUAGACAUGCAUUAUUUGGAUUAACCUGGGACUAUUUCGCAUUGGCUAUCACAGUAACAGCUGGUGCCUUAUUUGGCAAAUUUUUAGAUGACAAAGAAACAGAAAGAAUGUCACUUUUUAGAGAUAGAAGUGCUUUAUAUGGAGGAAUGGUUAAGAAAGGAGAAAAACCUUCUUGGCCAUAAGUUUGUCUUAUUUAAGAUGGUACAAUUAGUUUCAAUUCAUUGUAAUAAUUUUUUAACAAUAUUAUUUAAAAUCUUAUAAUAAAUUAAAUUAUGUUAGUUA